AACGCAUUAUUAACUAAGCAUGUAUCUCCCACUAAGUACUAACCAUAUAAGAGUAACAGUACUCUCAGUUCUGUACACUUCAUUCCAAAACCAACCUUAAGAGAUGACGAGCCACUCCAGAAACACAAGCUCUAUUGCUUAUCUCUUGCUUUGUUUCUUCAUUACCUCUGCGACUGCACAUUCCUUCAUACGACAAUUCACUGAUGGGGACCUCAACACAAAUCUGCAGCAGGAGGUAGGCGCAGAACCAAUCCGAAACCUGGACGUAGGGCAUUACUUACAAGAAAAUAAGGAGAUCUCAUCACGUGAUUAUAAAGUCUCAGCCUCAAACGCAGUGAAAGGUCUGAGAGAUCGUCCUCCAUCGUCUUACUCUCUCAAGAUGGAGUCUUUCAACAUACUCCUUAAGUCAACUUACACGGAGAAAUACGCAUCUCGUCCCUUUUCAGUUGGUGGAUACAACUGGACACUUGUUGUGUUCCCCAAUGGGAACAAGAAGGAUGGUGGUUCAGGGUACCUUUCUCUUUACGUAGCCAUAGACAACUCAACUCUUGUCGCUGCACAGCAAGAGAUCUACGCGGAUCUAAGGUUUUACAUCUUUAACAAGAACGAGAGGAAGUACUUCACUAUCCAAGAUACCGAUGUAUGGAAGUUUAGUGUCUUCAAAACGAUGUGGGGAUUCUCUCAGGUCCUCUCCAUUGAUACAUUCAAAGACCCAAUAAACGGAUACCUUUACGAUGGAGAUCAUUGCGAGUUUGGUGUUGAUGUAACCAUUCCUUCUCUUUAUGAAAAAUCGGAACUUUUCACUGUCACAGAGAAUUUCCAAAAUCCGAGAUUCACUUGGACCAUUCGGGGAUUCUCUACGCUGCUAAAAGACACUUACCUAUCAGAUGUGUUCACCAUCGGAGGAAGAAGUUGGAAUAUACAAGUUAAUCCAAGUGGUCGUGCCACCGGAGAGGGAAAAGCCUUGUCGAUGUAUCUUAACCUUAAUGUGAAUGAGAUAUUUAGACCAUAUGAGAAGAUUUAUGUUCGAGCCAAAUUUCGAGUUCUUAACCAACGCAAUCUCAAUAACGUCGAAAGGCCACUCGAUAUUUGGUACAAUGGUCCGGGAUAUGGAGCAGAAUAUAGCUGGGGUUACCCUGAGUUUAUCUCUCUCUCUGAUCUCAGAGAUGUAUCAAAGGGUUUCGUUGUGAACGAUAUGUUGAUGGUUCAAGUUGAAAUGGAAGCCAUUUCUUCAACCAAGUACUUUCCUAGUUAGAUUUUUCCUAGCCAAAUAACUUGCACCUCCAUGUGUUUGAUUUGUUAUCAAAUACCUACUAAUAAGAAUUUGCUUUUGAUUUUCAAAUCAAUAAGUUUCUUUUUCUUCUCUU